UUCAGUAACGCGCUGUCACAGAGGCAGGCGCUCCCCCAACAGACGGCAGGAAAAACAUGAAGUAUCACACUGCUGUUUAAGAUUAGACUAAACUUUUCAUUUAUAUUAUAUAAUUUCAAAACAAAAACCUUUUUUUUUUUGUGGUUUAACACACACCCGAAUAAAAAUGAGGGGAAAUCGUAUCGAGGAGUACCCAGACGACUUCUGGAUCCCCAUCCCUCUGGAAACCAACAACAUCACCGCCCUCAGCCCGUACCUGGUCCCACAGGACCAUUUAGGAAGCAAGGCACUUUUUUAUUCACUGUCAGCAUUCAUGUUCGUUUUGUUUGUGGCCGGAACAGCCAUCAAUGUCCUCACUAUAGCAUGUACUGUUCAAUACAAGAAGCUGCGCUCUCACCUGAACUACAUCCUGGUCAACAUGGCCGUGGCAAACCUCUUUGUUUCUUGCGCUGGCUCUUUCCCCUGCUUCUACUGCUUUUCCUCCAGACAUAUGGCUCUGGGUCAACUGGGGUGCAAGAUCGAAGGGUUCGCUGCAACUCUUGGUGGUAUGGUGAGCCUUUGGUCUCUUGCUGUGAUUGCAUUUGAAAGAUGGCUGGUUAUCUGUAAGCCACUUGGGAACUUUACCUUCAAAUCGGAGCAUGCUAUAUUCUUCUGUGGACUGACUUGGUGCUGUGCAAUGAGUGCUGCACUUCCUCCUGCAGUCGGAUGGAGUCGGUAUAUUCCAGAGGGACUGCAGUGUUCGUGCGGGCCAGACUGGUACACAACAGGCACCAAGUACAACACAGAGUCCUACGUGAUGUUCCUCUUCUACUUCUGCUUUGCCGUCCCUUUCUCUUGCAUCGUUUUCUGCUACUCGCAGCUGCUUUUCACGUUGAAAUCGGCAGCAAAGGCCCAGGCUGAGUCCGCCUCCACCCAGAAGGCAGAAAGAGAGGUGACCAGGAUGGUGGUCGUCAUGGUGCUGGGCUUCCUGGUGUGCUAUUUGCCAUAUACCUUCUUUGCUCUUUGGAUCGUCAACAACCGCGGCCAGACGUUCGACCUGAGACUCGCAACCAUACCAUCCGUCUUCUCUAAAUCCUCCACAGUCUACAAUCCCGUCAUUUAUGUCCUCCUUAAUAAGCAGUUCCGUUCAUGUAUGAAGAAGAUGUUGGGGAUGAGUGGAGGCGACGAAGAGGAGUCAACUACGACCCAGUCAGUCACUGAAGUCUCGAAAGUUGGACCCUCUUAGGUUUCCUCUGCACGGAUGGAAGGGAAAUGGCUCAAACACUCGAUGACACAAAUGUAUUUUUACUGUUCUUAUAAAUAGGUUUUUGCAAAGAAAAAAAGUAAAAAAAGAGAUAAAAAAUGAAUUAUCCAAUGAAGUUAUUAUUUAUCUCAGUUACUUACUGUACAGGACCAUGGGCAUGAAACACCACCGUGUUUUUAGUCUUGAAUUUUCAACUAAAGAUUGAAUUUUUUUUAAACAACUGAGGUCAAUGAAACCCAUAAAAUACACAAGAAAUGCUUGUAGUGCAUCUGACACCUCUGUGAAGAUGUUGUCCUACAUGUCAUCACUUUUAAGUAUAAACUGUAUAUAUGUAGUAAAAGAGAAUUAAUAAAGAGAUAUCUGCUUUGGGCAAAAAGAAAAAC